GGUUGCGGAGGGUGUGCUCUGGCGGGGGUUACGGGGUAGCAUUUGAAGAAGUGGGAGUGGAGGCUGGUCGGUGUUAGGAGUGGGUGGUUGCGUCGGUUUUCCUUUCUGACGAGUGUCAGCAUUUGGAGUUGAGUAUAGUAAGCUCAGUUCUUUGGGAAGACAACUCUCUUCUACCUUGUUUUCAUCUGUUCUUGCGCCACCUCGCGCCCUGCCCUGUCCCCCAUCCCCACCCCUCUCAGAUUUGUUUGGUUAGAGCCCCAAGGUCUGUCUUGUCUUCACUAUUCAUAGUAGAUGAAACCAGAAGCAACUCCAGUUCAAUAAUGUGCCAUACUGAAGAGGACGUAUAUAGGAAAAUAGAAGGAAGGGUACUCUGAUUUAGGAACAUUUCGGUGAUGUUUAAGCAGCUUACUCUUAAGAGCAGUGUGUCACUUCUAUAAAAUAUAUUUUGGGUUGAUCUGUGGCAAAGUUAUAUGGAAGGGGGUGUGUGAAAAAAAACCCUCGUACUAAAUGUGUCUGUACUUGUACUUUACGAAUGCAAAGUGGACUCGUUUUAUGUUUAGAUCUGUUCCGUUGAAAACCCGCCUAGAAAUUGUCGCGUUCCUUCUUGUGGAGUCCAACAAAUAGCUCUGACAGCAUUGUAGUACCGGCUCAGAGAACUGUGUUAGGCACCCAGGUAUUUGAAUAUGACCAUGCUUAAGUUUUGUUUUACAGUAUUUGACGAUUAGUUUUUCUCAUGUUGUGUCACUAAAUACAUUUAGUAUGUCUUUGAAUUAAAAAUAUGUACUUUUGAAAGUCAAAUUUUAACCAAGUGAAACAAAUUAAUUUGAUUUAAUGGGAAAUGAGGUAAGAAUUUUGAAUACUUAGUAUUCUGUAAUCUGUAUUAUACUUUCAGUGUUAUACACAAUUAUAUUGUACGAUACAUGAAAAUGUUUUCCUGGACAACAGCCAUAUUUUAGAAAUUGUUUCAUAGUCCCAGUUUUUGUGUAGAAAUGUGCUGAAAUCCAUCUUGUAUAUUUUUGUCAUUGCUAUUUUAAAGUAACAAAUGUUCUUCUAAAUCGAAUACCUGCUGGUCGGGGGGAGUGGUGUGAAUAGGUAAUAAAAGUCAUUAUUUUAAGCUACCCUUUGCUAUGAUAUGCACUUUGCAGAAAAAUCUUCCUGUUCCUUAAAUGUAUAUGUGGGACUUAUAUGCAGUAUGCAGAUGUAUAAAUGUAUACAUUUCUAUAUUGAAAUUCUAUUGUCAGUGCUCACAGUUGGAAAUCAUAAAGCACAUUCAGGUUAUACAGCUAAUUGGUAUCAAGUAUCAAAUGAAGUUUCUUAAAAUCUACUUGUUAAACAAAUAUGAUUGGUCUUUUUGUUAUGUAUAUUGUCUGAAAAUUUUGGGAAGAAAGUUCUCUUCACUGUCAGUGAAUUACUAUAGUGAUUGGGAAGGGACAAUGUUUGAAUCCAUCUAGAAAUAUUUCCUUUAUAAAUGUGGGACUCAUGUCCUUAUCUUAGAUUUACUGCUCUGAUUCAUUUCUGGUUUUGUUUUAAAUUAAAACAAUGUUCUUCAAGUUUUGUCUCAAUUGAUGGCUCUGUUUAUAAUGGGCUUUUUACAGUCUUCCUAUGCUAGAGUAUAAUUUUGAAUAUCCUCAUGUAACAAAUGCUUGAGUGCAUAUUGGAUGUGGGACUAUUAUCCUAGUAUUCAGAAUUAUACUGAACAUUACAAGAUACAGUCUCCUAUUUUGCAGAGUGUAUAACUAGUAUUUACUAACCAGAAUGACACUGAACAUUAUUCCUUAUGGAAUAAUAAUAUAAUUAGUAUCUGAUGAUUUAUAAAAUUAAAAAACAGCUAAAUAUAACAAAAUAAUGUUUUAAUGGAAUUUAAAACAUUAUUCAGACUUGAAAAAUAAUUAAAAUAUUUAAGCUAGGACAGGCCCGAUUUUUAAAAAAUUAAUUUUGGAAUAAUUUGCAUCUUAAGAUUGUCAAAUCAGGAACUAAUAGUUACUCUUGCCCAGGUAAACUAUUUGUUUCAUAUCUUGUUGUAUUUUCAUUAUUCUUGUCCUAAACUUGCACACAAACACACAAGCAUACACACACACAUACAAACACACACACACACACAUACACACACACACAAAAGCAAUUUGAGAGUAAUUUGAACCUAAGCUUUUCAUUAUUCCAAAAAGCAAGGACUCUGUUGAGCAUAUAUUACCUAAUUUAUAGUUGAUUUUUAAAUUUUAUCUAUUUUCUCUAUCUAGCUCUUGUCUGUUCCCUAGCUGAAGGUCCAUUCUAAGAUAAUGAAGUGCAUUUCUUGGUUAUCAUGUCUCUGGUCCUUUUUAAUUGAGGAUAGUUCUUCAAUUUUAUUUAAUUAUUUAUUUAUUUUUAUUUCUUGGCCUUGAUAUUAAAAAAAAAUACAGGACAUUAUUCUGACAAUGUCCCUCAAAUUGAAUUGGUUUUUUCUCAUGACUAGAUUGUUAUGCAUUUGUUAGGAAUACUACUGAAGAAAUGAUCUGUUUUUCUCAGUACAUUGUAUUUUGAAGUUCAAAGUGUUGGUGUGUCUUAACCUUAAAAUUUGGUCAAGAUAUUUACUAUAUUUCUCGCUGAAAAUUAUUCAUCAUUUUGUAAUUAAUGUGCAACUUAUGGGAAAGUAUUUUCAAGAACAGAGUAUUGCCAUCAUAGCAUCAAAAUUUAACAUCUGUCAGUAUUCUGGUUUUGUCCCCUCUUUUUAAGGAUUGAUACUUAUUCAGUUAUACUUUGUAUGAUUUCAUGAAUUCUUACUCAAAGAUAAAAAUCUAUCACUGUCAUUAUUUAGAAUUGUGGCAGAUUCAACUAAACUUAAACCUCCCCCCGUUUCUCUCUCUCUCUCUCUCUCUCUCUCUCUCUCUCUCUCUCUCUCUCUCUCUGUGUGUGUGUUACACAUAUGCACAUAUUUCUGAACAAGAUAGUCCACAUUUAUAUACUUUAUUUUCCCAGGUUUUGUAUUAGUUACUUCACCAAAAUGAUCUUUCAUUCUUUUUUUUUUUUUUUUCCCAGAGCUGAGGACCGAACCCAGGGCCUUGCGCUUGCUAGGCAAGCGCUCUACCACUGAGCUAAAUCCCCAACCCCAUGACCUUUCAUUCUUAUAGAGAAAAAGUAAAUUUAGAUAACAAACUAAGCAGAAGGUUUUGGGUCUGUUUUUCGUUAAUCUGGUUUUUCACACACACACACACACACACACACACAUAUACACACACACACACGUAUAUAUGAAUAUUUUUCUUAAGAUUACAAAAUAAAACAAGGAAAAGAUUGGCUUAGAAACAUCCUAUAAAGCAAUAGUGCCUUUCUUAUAAAAGACUGGUUCAGUAAUAAAUGGAACCAAAUAUGAAAUGUUAAAUCUUCUGAUCAAAGAUUAAAUUGUUAAUCUACCUCAUUAAAACACAUUUAUUCUAUUAUCUUUUUUAUUGAAAACUAUCAUUUUUGUACUAAUCCAUGUAGAUACUGUUGAGAACUUAGGUUACUACUAUUUAUGUUUUAGAAUUGGGUAUUUUACAUUUGUGGUACAUCUCAAUUUGAAGACACUAUAUUUAACUGCAACAGGUGGCAAAUGGACUUAACUGGAUAGUUUAGUUUUCUUGAUUUCCAUGGUACCACUUACUUUAAAAAUCUCUUCAUAAUAAGCAAAUGUAUACUUUUACUCAGAUCUUUUAUUUGGUAAGUAUAGAAUAAACAGAUCGUAAGAAAAUAAGCUCUGGAGCUAGACUUCCGAGUUUGGAACCUAGUGACACUAUUUACCAAGGUUUGUUUUUUGUUAUUGUUGUUUUGUUUUGUUCUUUUUUAUUUGUAUUUUGUCUUUCAGUUGUUUCAUCAGUAAUUUGGAGAGAGGUAGAUUGCUAGAGACAAAGUUUGUUGGUUUGUGUUAAUACGUGUCACCUGUAUAGAAAGCACCUGUAUAGAAAUGCUAGCUAGUUGGUAAUUUUUUUUCCCUGUGCUCUUGAAUGUUUGGACUUUAUAAUUUUUAUCUGUGGACUUGGUGGAAAUGGUGUUGGGUAAUUUAAAAAGAUUAUGGAGCAUGCUAAAGUAAAAACAAGAGUUUAAACGAUCUGUAUUUUCCAGUCCUCUAUAGCUAUAGUGUUAUAGAGUUUUAAAAUCAUGUAACUUAGUAUUGAUUCUUUCUCUGUAUUAUGAGAGCAGAAGAUAUUUACCAGUCUACAUCCUAAGGAAUCUUUGGUAAUGGAUAUAAGAAAUUAGUUUGUAGCUCAUUAAAAACUUUAUUACUUAGUGUGGUGGUGCACACAUUACCUUUAGUAACAGCAUUCUGGAGACAGAGCAGAGGAACUCUGUUUUCAAGGUCAAUUCUAUAUACACAGCAAGUUCUAGGCCAGCUAGGAUUUUUAUAGCAAUAAUCUGUCCAAUUAAAAUAAAAAAUUAACAGUAAUAACUAGACACUAUCAUAUUAAAUUAUUUUGAGGGUUUUUUUUUUUUUUUGUUGAUAUGAACCUUCAUGUUAGUUUGAUGUUUUCUUCUGGUUUCUUUUUGCCUGCUCUUCUGUUAUCUUACCACAGAGUUCUCCUUUGUCACUGUUAGCAUCUAAAUCACAGAAGAGUAGAUUUACUAAGAAAUUUGUAUUAAUGGAUCACUGAUCGGUUUGGGCAGCUGUCAAAGAGUGUUGACUGUACAACUUGUUUCAAGCACCAGCAAACACGAUGUCCAUUUCUUUUAAGUGGUGGCAGUUGUGAUACCAUCUAAUCACAUACUUUACACAGUUGGAAUCUGUUGAAUAAGUUAAGACAUGUAUCGAGAUUAUCUUUUUUAAAAAAUAAGAAUUUUGGAUAAUUUUGCAGUUUUUGGCAAAAUUUAUAUAGGCUGCAGAUAGGUGUGUGUGUGUGUGUGUGUGUGUGUGUGUGUGUGUGUGUUCGUGUUCUGUCUGCCUGUCUGCCUAUCUGUAUUUUUGUCUGUCUAUGUCAUAUGUGUGUGUGAGUGCCCUCUGAGGCUAGAAUAGGGCAUGGAAUCCUGGAGUUAGAAGAGAUUGUGAACUUCAUCUGAAGAGCAGUAAGUGCUCUUAACCACUAAGUCAUCUUUCAUCCUGCAGAAUCAUAUGCCUUGGGCCGGCUACACAUAUGCCACCUUCCCAGCUUGGCAGCACAUGUGAUUAGUUUCUGUUAAUGUGUCUGCAUAUUCCUCUCACCUUCACUACCGGCCUUUAUUUCUGUCUCAGUUCACUCACUCUUAGGAGGGGCAACAAAGAUACAGAAGAGUUUUUCGUUUUGUUUUGGUCAUAUAUGUAUUUUUCCCUUCAUAAGUCUUAAUAAGUUAAAGUAUCCUACUUUGUGUGUGUUCAUAGUCUUCUUUUUUCGUGAUAUACUUUACUUAAGACAUAUAGGUUGCCCAUAAGAUUCUAUACUUUAUAAUUACAUAAAAGUGAUACAUACUUGGCAGAUAACAUUGAAAAUUUGAAUUUUGUGUUCUAUGACAAGCAAAACACAGUAUGAUAUUCUUGAUAUGUCAGGUGGAAGCUUGAACCACAGCUUCUAAUUAGCCACAUAUUUAUUAGGGUUAACAAUUGAUACUUUUGCAGUGUGCUUCUACCAUAAUAUUUAAUAAGUUAUAUGAAAUACCUUACCCUUUGUUUUAUAAAAUAGGUUUUGAAUUUUGUUUUUCACAACCAUAGGCAGUGUAAGUGUUCUGUGCAUGUUUAAGGCUAAGCUGUGAUCCUGUAAGACAAGAAGUAUCUAUUGUACAUAGACUAGCAUUCACCAAGUACAAAACAUGUAAGUCUACAAUAUUGAGAACAUUAUUGCAGUACAUAUUUAGGAUUAAGUUUGUAAUCAAUGAAUCAGUUGAAAAGCUUUUAUUUGUAACAGAAUGUAAAUAAGAAACGAUGAUGGAUUCAGUCCAACCUGCUGCUGCUACUAGAAACGUAAUUAAGAAAAUAUGCUGUCUUUGAAGAACUGCACAUUGUUCUUACUUAAGCUAAAUACAAAUUUUGUUGUAAGAAGUUUUGUGUUUACUAGAAAAUAAAAGAAUAAAGUGAAUCUUGUCUUUUUUUCUGUAUCUGCUUUCCUUGUGUAGUUGCCAACAACUUUAUCCUGCUUAUAUUUUCCUGUUUGGGUUCUUUCUUUAAUCUCCUGCCAAGUUAUUUCCCUUGUAAUAGUUCACGGAUUCAGUUUUUGUGAUAGUGCAAACACUUGGGCAAAUUCCGAUAAGGUUUUGGUUUAUGUCAGUGUAUGCAUUACUGAUUUUACUUCCUUCUGGUGUAACUUAUAACUUAAAACAUACAGUAAGUUAUUGUGUAGCUGCUUUGAUUUCAUAGUUGACAAGGCAUUAAUGUCUCAUGUGUAUUAAGUAAAAGCUCUUAACCAUAUUCCACUAUUUAGUCAUAGAUGAUCAGACAGUUCCUUCCAUAUUGGUUCUUUAGGCCAACGAUUCUCUUCAUCUGCUUUUAUUUAUUAUAUAUUUCCCCAAAUUCUUGGGUAUCUUUUUAACUAUAUCUUCUGUCUUGGAUUCUUAAUCACCUUUAAAUUUUAACUUGACUCUAGAUUCUAGGUUUCCAUUAAUUCAAAUUGGAUUUUUCUCCUCUAAUAUGUGUAUGCAAGGUGUGUAUAUUGGAGGUAACUUUGUCCAUUAGACUUCAUGUUUAUCACACUGUUGACAGACAGGAGACUAAGUCUUCAUAAAUGGUAGAAAGGGCUAGAAAGGAGCACUGUUCCUUCUUCGCAGUUAUAAUCAGAUAUAAUUCAUCUUUUACAGAGAACUUUAUGGGACUGAGAUAAUACUAUCAUUCCUCAUGUGUUUGCUAUUUUUUGGCUUAAUGAAAGUGUUAAAAUAUUUAUGUAGUAGUAUUUUGGUGCCAAAGAUAUUAGUUAAAGAACAAUAUAAGCACAAAUAUAUUUAAAUCUAUGCAGAUGAAUGAGAUGAACUAGGGACAUAGAAUAGACUAUUGGAUAGUAAAGGAUUUGGCACCGCACUAAGAUAUGUUAAAAUUCUUUAGGUAGAGAAAGGAACCUCACACUCCUCCCAGUGUUUAUACCAAAAGAUAAGGCUAUUAGAUAAGCAGUAACCAGAACAGAGCUAGCGCUGAGAGGAGAAAGGACUUUUUUCCAGAUGGACUGUUUGUUACCUGUCAAUGAGGAGUCUGGAACAUAGGUGAAACUUGGAAUGUGCUAUAUUUUGGCAACAUGAGGGUUCCAGGUGAUCUUGAUUAGAUGAAUUUCAGCAGAGUGAAUAGAAAUGGCAACUGUAUUGUAACAGGUUAGAUAGUAAUUCAAAUAUAUCCAAGUGGAAAUAAUGUACUCAUAUUAAAUGGGACAUGUUUUAAGGACUGGUGAAAUGGCUCAGUGGGUAAAAACACUUGCCACAACCUGAGUUCCAUCCCCAGUGACACCUAUCUCUCAUGAUCUCGCUUCUUUUUUUUUUUUUUCUCCUUCUGAGCAGGUAUGUGUAUAUGCAUAGACACAUGAGGAUAGCAUGCAUGUAUGUGUAGGCAUAUGCAUGUAGAACUUAGACAUCACCAUUGAAUGUCUUCCUAAGUUGUUCUCCUCGUUUUUUGAAAGAAAAAUUCUGUAAAUUUGGAGUUACCAUAUCUUGUUAGACUAGUCCCAGAGAUCCUUUUGUUUCUGCCUUCCCAGAUCUAUGACAUGAACCCUGCUUCCAACCACUGAUGCUCCGCCUUGACAUCACACUGAAGUCAUCAUGCUUGUAUACCAAGCACUUUACAGACUGAGCCAUCUCCAUAGUUCUUGUAUGUAUUGAGCUUAGUAAAGCUGAGAACUAAUAGCAACAGAAUAUUGAGACUUACACAUUAAGUAAAGAAAUGAGAUGGACUUUGAAUUCUUGAAUAUCAAUUCUAAAUGUAUCUCUUUAAGAAAUUUAAAGCAAUAUUUUCUUAAUCAAAUUAACUAUUAGAUUUAUGACAUCAUUCUGUUAUACACUUUAAAGGUAUGAUUUUUCCCCCAACUUAUUUUUCUCAGUUUACCAUCAGAUCUUUUGAUUCCUAUGUGCCAGUUGUUUGGGGUUAUAGUUCUGUUUUUUCCAAACUGGGUUCUGAAUCUCCAUAGAAUUAAAAAUCCAGAAUCAAAAUACUAGCCUUAAGUAAGGUUGUAUUUUGAAGUAUUUGACUUAGAACCGUGGUUAAAAAUAGGUGUCAUUGGUAAUGUGGAGGAGAGAAACUCACAAAGCCUCAACCCUACACAAAGAACUACAGGCAACUAAGGAAUGCUGAGAGAGGGAGAAAUAGUCUUGCACAGGGAAGAGCACACUAAUUCCUUAUCCAAUACCAAUAGUCAGUCCUAAAGCAUACUUACAGGUAACAUUAUAUAGACUGAGCAGGUUGUAUUUAUAUGUUUGGGAACACAUUUACCAUCAGCACCACCACCACUACCAACAGCAAAGAGAAAAAGAGGCCAUGGAUUUGAAAAGGAGCAGGGUAGGAGUGCUUCAGAAGAUUUGGGGGAGUAGGAAGGGAAGGGACAGGGAGACGAUGUAAUUUGUAACCUCAAAAAGUAAAACAUUACUAAAUAAUAAUAAAGUUAAAUUAAAAAAAAAGUGUUGUACUUCUUACCUUUCAGCUCCUUAAACUGAACUAACUUACCAACCUAUCAGAAGUGCGGCUGGACUGGCAGCUUCUUUUGAAUAUAAGGAGGCACAGCUACCCUAAUGAGGCAGAUGAACAAAGAGAAUUGGUUCUGUGUGCAACACAACUUCUAAGACACUCUGUUCCAGUAAGGAACAGGUUUUGAGAGUAUUUUAGAAGGGCUUUAUGGACCACGGCUACGAAGAGACCUCAGUUUAUUUGAAGGAUUGUAUGCCAUCUCUUGAUUCUUCACAGUCAACGCCAACAGAAGAGCUAUCAUCUCAGGGCCAGUCCCACACUGAUAAGAUUGAAUGCCAAGCAGAAACUUACCUAAAUGCACUCUUUCGAAAGAAAGAUCUUCCUCAGAACUGUGAUCCUAACAUUCCCUUAGUUGCUCAGGAAUUAAUGAAAAAGAUGAUACGUCAGUUUGCAAUUGAGUACAUCUCAAAAAGCGGUAAAAUUCAAGAAAAUAGAAAUGGUUCAAUUGGAGCAAGUCUCGUUUGUAAAAGCAUCCAAAUGAACCAAGCAGAGAACUGCCUUCAGGAUGAGCAAGAAGGCCCCUUAGACCUCACUGUGACUCGAACGCAUGAGCAAACUGCUCAGCAAGGGGAUGGAGUGUUAGAUCUCUCUACAAAGAAAACCAGCAUAAAAUCUGAAGAGUCCUCCAUGUGUGCUCCUCCUUCUGAAAGUGCAGUGGCUGGUUCAACUGUUGAUGCAAAAUCAGAGGAAGCUACUAAAAUGGAAAAAGGAAAAUCAGCAUUAAGCAAAGUUUUGGAAUCUUUGUGCAUACAUCACCAUCAACAAGUUUUGGCUAUGUUGAAAUUUCUAGUCCAAGAGCAGAAUGCUGCUUCUCUUUGCUGUUGUAAUUCAUCAUGUGCUAUGUCUUCAGAAUCUCAAAAGCCCCUAUUGGAGGAUGGUUUUCAUGGUCUGUUCUGUAGCUGUGAAUAUAGACUGGCAGAAAGAGGGUGUUUACACAAUGAGAGACAAAGCCCUGGUCUAGUGCCUCUGCCAGUCUGUAUUAAAGAAUUACAUUGUUUGUCUUGUCAGACUGUAAGUGUUGAAAAUAUUAAGACAGUAAUGAAUAGAGGAGUUGAAAACAGUUCUCAUCCACACAGGUGCUCUUGUGGACAGUUAGCAAAGAUUCACUCUACAAGAUCAACCUGUCAUAGUCCUCUUUUGUCAGGGGAAAUUUGUGAUCUUUCAGCUACUCUUCAAGAAUCCUGUAGAUCUCGAAGUCCCUCACCACCACCAUUAUCACCUGUGGAGACUGGAGGAUUUGAAAAAUGGAAAGACAUCGUCUCAGAGCUUUCAGCCUUAGAAAAUAACAAACUUGAGUCAAGCAUUAACCAGCCUCCAUCUCUUACACCAGCAGAGAUAAACAUUCACAAAUGUGGCCACGACAGCAAAAUACAUAAAACUAAGAAGUCUAGUAACUCUGAUUCUGUGCUCUUGGGUACCAGCAGUAGUUAUACUACAAAUCAUGAUAAGGGUGAAACAGCUGUAAUUUUUCAAGAUUUAAUGGACCGUAUUAAUGAAAAAUUAAAAUCAAUAGAAACCACAGAUAUAUCAAACCUCAUAAAAUUAUCUAGUACUGAUUGUGACUCAGACAAUGAUUUUAAAUUGGGAGAUUUAAUAACAUCUCUUUUGCACAGUGCAACAGCCAAUGAUUAUAGUUUUAUGGAAUUGCUAAGUCAACAUGAUAAAAAGGUAGAAAAUAAGAUUAUUCAGACAAGGUUUCGAAAACGUCAACAAACGUUAUUUGCAAUGCACAACUCUCCUGACUCACCUGUGAUCAGAAGGCAGUCUUUACAGAUAAAAAGAGAACUUGCCAGUUUUGAUGAAAACUUUCUGAGAAAAAGGUACAGUGAAAGAAAUUCAAGAAAAUUGUCAUACAAUGAUAAGAUGCUUUCAGUGAACAAAGAAUUCCAGCCUUGUCAGGAACCUUUAAAAAACUCUAAAAGCUUUCAAAAUGAAAAUCAUGCCGAAACAUUGUUUACACCAUCACUUCAGGUACCUCUUGGGAGUUUAGAAACUAAUUUGGCUCCUAAUCAAUUUUCAGAAAACUUUAAAGCAACUUCAUUUGAGAAAAUGAGCCAAAGAAAAUCACAGGAGAGGUCUACAGCUGAGAAACUAACUGUACAGAAUAAUGGGGAAAAUACAAAAUUAGAAAGUACUCCAACACUUUCGAGAACUGAUGCUUCUCUAUUGAGCAGAACUAAACGAAAUAUUGUGCCUCCAGGAUGGUAUUCUAUAUAUGUAACAAACGAUUCUGUUUCCAAAAAAUUCCUCGAGAGCAAAAGAGUAUCAGACUCUGCACACAGAAAAGAUCCAGUCAGAGAUCCAACUGAAAGUUUUCAAACUAUAGACUUAAAUAAAAUUGCAAUGAAUUCUAAUUUGCAGGUUGUUGUGGAGCGUUUAGAAGACACAAUAAAUAUGGCUCAAAGGUCUUGGACUAGUCAAGACCUAUCUGAAGGAUGUAAAGCUUCCAAGAAAUUGAUUGAAACAGGUGAUAAAGACCAAAAUGUUGGGAGAGAUUUGACUUUAAGUGGAAUGGCUUUUAAAAAUCAGAGUUUAUCAAAAUCUGCAUUGGCAUCUAGCAAUAAAAGAAGUCAUGGUAUGUUUGUAAUGGAUUUGAACAAAACAUUCGAUAAUCCGAAGACGUCACCCAUUUUAGAGAGAGGUAGCUCGACAACCAGUGUUGAAAGUUUGCCAACAAAAUGUGAAGGUAUUGAAAAUUCUGUUUCUAACUAUUCUAGUCCUAUCAAACUCAUGUUUUUAUCUGAGAUUAAAAGCAGUGAAGGAGUCAAAUACACUUUAACUUCAGUCAGCACAUCACAGUCAAAUGCUGAUUUUGAUUCUCACAAACAUAAAACCCAUCAGAUGAUUGGAAGAAAAAGAGAAGUAAAUGAAGACAUACCAAACACUAGCUUUGAAGAUUAUAAUUCUAAUCAUCAUGCUACUAACCUUCAAAGUGAAUUGAACCAAUUUAACUGUGUACAUGAGGCUACACCAUCAUCUGCAGAGUUGACUGAUAGUUUAAACAAUGAUAAGCCACAAGAAGACCCUAAGGGAAAGUCAAAUGGUGCUGUUGACUUACCAUGUAAAAGAAAACCAGGUAGACCUAAAAAAAUUGGUCCACAAGUUGUGAAGCAGAUUAAACGGCCAAUUGGAAGACCACCAAAACCUAAAGCUGGUCAAACAGAUGUCAAUGUUUGCCAAAACGAGUCUUCUAGCCCUAGAAAGGAAAACCCACAAUCUUUCAUAUCAGAAGUCAAAGAAGAUGUUUGCAGAAAGAGUAUUAUUGUCACUGUUGUUUAUGGAAGGUCAAGAAGAACCAAGAGAUGUGUUUCUGAAGGAAGCAUGAAAAUCAACAACAUCUCACUGAACAGUGAUGGCGCUGACUUUUCAGUUAACUCUAGUCUUCUCAGAAAUACUAAAGCUCAUGAGAUUGGCUAUGGUGAAAGUCUGAGUGCUGGGUCAAGAUUGACAACUCAAAGUGGGGUUUUUGAUUCUGACUUUGAAAAUAUUAGACCAAUCAAGAGCAAGUCUAUGAUAACUCAGACUUGCAAGAACAUUAUUCGACCAAACCAAAAGCCUUUGUCAAUUGUUAGGAAGCCUGGUAGACCUGCAAAAGUGAAAAUUUCUGGUAUAUCUGUGACUGUUAAUAGAAUUUCACCUCAGGAAAGAGAAGUAUGUGUUAGCAGUUGCUUACCUCCAUUAGAUCAGGAGAUAGUGUUAGAGAAAACUUGCCUAGAAGAAAAGCCUGACCAACAAUGCAGUAAUGUGGAUAAUAUCAAGCACACCAAUGUUGACAUAGUUAAGGAUGAAUCAAAUAGUACUGUUACUUCUAUACCUCUGAAGCAUUCAAUUAAGGCUAGAAAACCUUUGCAUUUCUUACAUUCAUUUGCAUCUUCUGGCUCACUUACUUACAAAAAUACCCUUCGUCAUAAAUCAUGUAAACUCCAUUUGCAUAAAUGCAAAAAUCCAAAGAAAAAAUACAGGCAGUCAAGUUUUAGACUAGCUUCCAAAGGUAUCCCAGGAUCUAGAUGUUCAAAGAAAGCAAAAAAGUAUUUGGAAGAUAAAAAAUUAAUGCCUGUUUCUGAUGUAUCCUUGGACCCUGUGAUUUCAUCCAACCCUUUACUAAGGUGGUGGGCUACAUCUGCUUCAAAUGAUUCCUUGUUAGAGGAAUUAAACAAUAGAUUUGAACAAAUAACAAAUGCGUGGGUACAGGUGAGUAGAGAUGAAGCUCAAAAUUUUGUUCAUAAAACAGAAUACUCUAAAGGUGAUCAUUUCAAAGCAGCAAGCCCCUUGGAAACUUGUCUUCUAGAACUUGAAGUUUCACCCGUAAAAAUGCUUUUUCAGAAAAAGUAUAAUUUGAAUGAACUUUGUACCUGGUUUAUGCAAACAACAGAAACACAGUCCCUUUCACUAGUUAGAAAAGCAAAUGCUCGAAACCCUUUGGAAGUGAUAAGCACCAAGGGCAUUAAGUUAGGGGUGAAAUGCUGUGGAUUUAAUACCAGCCCCUUCAGGAAGCACUUUAAAAAAUUUGCAGUCUCUUCUCCUUCAAAACCAGCCGGGAAAUUUCAUAUACUACAUAAAAUGGUUGGCUCACCACACUUAAAUGUGAAAAGUAAUUUAACAUUAGCGAGGUUGAAAAGGACAGAGUUUAAGAGUUUGCACUGUGAAAGGUGGAGAAGAGAGGAAAGGCCAUAUAGCCACAGAACAGUUGAUUGGAGCUCAAAAAGAAGGAACUUAAGAUUGUUCUGCCAGAAUCAAUCUUGGACUAACACAGAGGGGCAGACAAAUGCAGAGACAUCACUCAGUGAGAAAAGCACAGUUGGUAACCAGUGGGCCUCGUCCCCGGAACCCAGAGUCACCUUUGCUAAAAAGAGGGUAGCAGUAGGUGACUUCAGAACACAUGCUAGUUUAGAGAGUAAAUUUAAGUCAGAAGCAAAGGAGAAUGGAACAGGGUGUGGACAGGUUGAUGCUGAAAAGGAACAGACAAUAGAAAGUGUAUCUUCCCAUAAUUGGAGGUCAAAAACUUUAAAAGACUGUAGAAUAUUUUUGAGGAAAAUCAACUGUCUUGAACACAGAAAUACUUUUAAACUAAAUACAAUAAUUUAUUCUCCUGAAUCUGUUGACAGUGGAGGUAAUCAGGCACAACCAGAAGAAUCAAAGCGUUUUAGUUUAAGAUCCCAUUCCGCAAGGCAAAGUUCCUUAAAAAAGCAAAAUGAAGAAAGAGAAAAUCCCAAAGCAAAUAGUCCUGCAAGUGGUAGGUUGACUGAUGAACUCAACAGUAGUCAGUUAAGUAAGCAUGUUAACUUUGACAAGAAUCCUGAUAAUUCUGAGGCUCUUAGCAAAUUAAACAAAAGAAAAAGACCACCAUGGAAGACCACAGAAAUGUCAGCAAAAAGACAUAAACGGCAGUCUUGCAACAGUGGACAAAUGGCAAACUAUUGUACAAAAUCCCAAGUGGGUAAGUUUUUCUCUCCUUAAUUUUAAAGUUUCAUUGUAGGUGCCUUGAGCAAAACGUAAGCUAGUAGGUAGAAAAGGAACAGCUAAUUUGGUUCUAAUUUAUCUAAAAUAUUUGAGCAACUUCAUUUCUUGGCACCUAGUAUGAAACUCAUGAAAUUAGGUGCUGCUAGAUGUAGUGAGUGCACUUAACUGCUAAGUUUCUGACAUUCAAACACAAGCAAAUACAUUUAGAAGAGACAUGAAGAGCAUCGUGAAAAUAGGCCAUGAGUGUAUUUGGUAGGUGACUGAACAGCUAACUAAAAAUUCACUACUGCAGGCUAAUACUUGCUUAUUCUCUUCCAAAAUCCAAACUAUGACAAUAUACAGAAAACAGCUGUGGCUGUCUCAUUUAGAGACUGUAACAUUGUAAUCCUAAGGUGUAAAUCCUCACUAAACUGUUACUCUGUUUGAUACUGUUUUGAAAACAUACUGCAAGACUGCUUAUUUAGAAGGUGGUAUACUAAUUUUUUUUCAAUGAUCAGCAAUUAUAUUAAGUGGGCUUCUAUGAAUAGAGCCCACUUGUGCAGAUAGAGAAUUCCUUUAUGUAGAUGAACAAGUCACUGUUAGGGUCAUUUCAAAUUGAGAAUGCAAUCAGGAAUGAAGUGGUAGUGCUGUACCUUACUAAGUUACACUGACAGAACGUCGGUACCCCAGCGAGAUUAUUGACCUUUGAACAUAGUGGUAAUAUGAGCAUGGUGCUUGCCUGGAUAGCCAUUUUCCAUCUGCUUAUUUGGUAGGUACUGAACAAUAUGGGAUAUUAGAUAGGAAACUUGACAGAUUCUGUCUUCACCAUGAAAGAAUACCAAGUUAUAUAUUUACAGAGAAGAAUAUUUUAUGGCUUAUGUUCAUUUUCACAAGUAUUAGUGUCUUACUAGAGUCAAUAACAUCAUGUCUCAUUAAAAUAUUAAACACAGCAAUUAGGUUGAAAAGUUUUAUAUAGGCUUUAUGUGUAUCCCCACCCCCAGUUCAAUUAAAUGAGUAAUUUUAAUAUAUAUAUAUAUAUAUAUAUAUAUAUAUAUAUAUAUAUAUAUAUAUAACCCAGUACUGUGUAACAUAUAAUGAUUAAAAUUUCAAAUAUCUGUCAUGAAAUGACUAAAUGAGGUCAGAGAAUAAUCUCUAUUACAAAAGGUAAAUGGAAACUAUGAAGAAUAACUUAUUUGUGACCCUGAAGAAGGCUAAAAAUAAUAAUGUAAUAUGCUUUGUCAGGAAAAUACCUAAUAGCAAAUUUUUAAGCUUAUAAUUCACCUAAAAUAUGUAUACAAGUUUCACGAAGAAUAAAAUAUAGUUUCAUUUUAUUUCUGUUUCAUUUUCAUCUCAUGCUGUUACAGAUUUUUCAAAAGUAAUUUGCAUUAAUUCAUUUACAACAGAACUGUAUUUUAUCCUUGAAGCUUCUUACCCAUUGUAUUUUCCUAACAAUCAAACACAAUCUUUCUUUAAUAUUAUUCUUUACCCUGUCAAAUGUAAGAUUCCUAAAAUAGGAAGAUGAAAUAUAUUUUAAUAUUACUUUUGCAAAUUAAUUUAAAAAUCCUUUGUGGCUAUUUUUAAAAAUUAGUGACAUAUAAAGAAUUGUUUUUCACCUUUUCCAUUUUAAAAUUUGCUACUGCUGUUUGCUGUUCUGCUUGAAGUUUAUUCAUCUUUACUGAUAACUUUCCUUCUUUAUUUUUAACAUUUUUAAGUCAACGAGAUUAUUAUUUUUACAGUUAUAUUUAUAACAAUAUUUGUUAUGUUUAUGUGAUUUUUAAAUGUUUCUUACAGUGUUGUUGUGUUUUUUUUUUCUCUCAUUAUUUUUUGGUAGUCCAUGCUUCUUUUUGCCUUUUUGGAAGUAACACUAAAAUUCAUCAUUAGUUUUAUAUGUGUUUUGUUUUUCAUAAAUAAUUAUUGACUGAAAACAUAAGACUGGUAACUACAGGACUUUUCUAGGCAAAUUCUGAGGACAGUGUAUAUUAUAAAUUUUAGAAUAUUUCUAUUGGUGGAAAAUAAUUGUUUCUAUCAUGAAUGUCUUGCCUUUGUACAUAUUAACUGUCCAAAUGUGAUUUAAUACAUAAGAUUUCACUGCAUUUGCUGUACUCUGUGUUAAAUGUAGAAGUGGGAAGAAAGGCAAGUGUAUUUCUCCUUUUGAAGGAAUGACUACAGUAUCUUCUUAGUGUGGAAGAUCUAAUGUACACAUUAAUAUACAGUUAUUAUAUAUUGUAAGCAGGAUUCUUCAUGUUCAAAGGAAACAGUGAUUAAUGUCACAGAUUUUGCUAUUAGGAAGCAUAGAGAAGUAAAUACUUACUGAAGGCUGAGUAAUGUGACCAGGAAGAAGUUACCUGAAGGAACAUGAAGGAGGGACAUGGGAUUGCAGAUUUAUCCAGGAUUCUUGCUUAUAUAGUGACAAUUGUAAGAAUCUCAAAUACUAGAAGCUAACAAGUGGUGGGAGGGGUUCAAGCAGAACAAAUUCCGUGCAGAAAAUGUAGACAAUAAAGCUGGCUCAUUUGGAACAGUGAGUAAUUUGUCAGGGCUAAGGUACAAAAUAGAGACUCUGCAGUGGUCAGUCGGAGGUAUAUAAUCUCAGAAGACAGAAUCACUGGGGAGGCAUUGUUCAAAUGCUGAAGCAACAUCAAGUAAUGGAGGGGGGAGUUUAAGCCCUAACAAGAAAGUAGGAAAGAAAUUUUACAGAAGUCUAUGAAAUAAAAUCACAUCUUUUUUUUCUUCUGAUGUAAUACAUCUCAACUGCAGUUUCCCCUCCCCUGACUCCUCCCAUUCUCCUCCCACCUCCUCUAUUUCAAAGAUCCACUCCUCACUUCCCUUCAAAAAGAAAAAAAACAAGUGCAGGCCUCCCAGAGACAUCAGCCAAACAUGGCAUAACAAGUUACAAUGUAAAGACUAGGCACAAACCCUCAUCUCAAGGCUGGAUGGACAAGGGAACCCAGUAGGAGGAAAAAGGUCCCAAGCUCAGGCAAGAGUCAAAGACAGCCCCCACUCCUAUCCCACGGGAACAGGAAGCUAUAGAACCAUAACAUGUACAGAGGAUCUAGCUCAGACCCAUACAAGGUCCAUGGUUGUCACUUCAGUCUCUGUGAAAGUCAGUGUCAGAAUAGAGGAAUGAAGGGAAACAGCCAGAACUUUGCCUUGAGCAUCAAGAACAUUUCAAGGGAUUUGGUUUUUAGCUUUAAGGGUUUAGAUGAAGUUAGUGGGAUAUCUAAAAAAGAUGUUAAAGAAGCAGGUAGGUAAUGCGAAUCCUGUACAGAGAUGAGGCUUGAACUAAGACAGAUUUGGCAAGUGAGAAAAGUCACUGGAGUAGGAGAGAUUCCUCAAUGUAAGAUUGCAGGAUCCUAGACUCCCAGAGUCACUCCAGGCUGUAAAAAAAAAUAGGUAUGCACAAAACGAGACUGAUGAAAGUAGUCAAAGGAUGAGAAGCAGGCAGAUUGGAGGAAAAUGUCUUAAGCAAGCAGUGUACUUAAGUCAGUCAUGAUGAGCAUUGAGGUAGUUCUGUUAAAUGCAGCAAGAGGUCAUCAUCAUGGUGAAGGAGGAAACACCUGUGUGGAGGAGUAGUGGUAAAAGCCAACUUCAAUGCCAGAUGCUAAGUGGUCAAAGAGGAAGUGAUAAAAAAGUGCCGAGAGAGAGAGAGAGAGAGAGAGAGAGAGAGAGAGAGAGAGAGAGAGAGAGAGAGAGGGGGAGGGAGGGAGGGAGGGGGGGAGGGAGGGAGGAAGAGAGAGGAAGAAAAACAGAAGCUGCUGUGAGUGGUCAGGAUGUAGGAAGGCAGGUGCCAUCUACUAAAAGUGAGCUAUAAAAAUGUCUCAAUGUCAAAGCUAGUGAGUAGUAAGAAGACUGAAGGUAUGGAAUGAGAGGGAAGCCCUGGGACUGGCUAUUGAGUAUGGAUCUGGGCAGCUUAGAAUGGAGUGGUUAGAACUUGUUCUGGACCAGAAGUUCCUAUUUCUCUUAAAGUGGGGAAAUAAUAUGUUGGAAUACAAGUCAGUAGUCCAUGGGGUUAUCUUGAAAUAUUCAAGUUCAUGUUUUAUGAAUCAAGAGGUAAUCUGGGUCUAGGGAAUGCUUAAUCAGAAAAGCAUCUGUUAUGGAAGCAUGAAGACAUGGAUGUAGAUCCCCAGACUCCAUGUUAGAUCUGGCCACAGAUGCACACAUCUAUACGUACAGCAUUAAGAAGGCAGAGAAGGGUGAAUGCCUGGAGCUCAUUGAACUCCUGGACUAGUCAGACUGUGAGUUCCAGUUUCAGUGAGAGACAGCGUCUCAGAAAAUAAGGUGGGAAACUGUUAGAGAAAGGUGCCCAGUGUUGAUCUCUACUGGCACAUGCAUGUGCACAAGCAUAUGCACUCACCCAAAUCCACAUGCACUACUACACAACAUAUACAUAGCACAUACCUAUUCACAGAUGAUGGACUCUAAAAGUGUAGUAGGAUUAGGAAGCAGAGGGUUUGAAUAGCUGUCUCGGGAUAUAUAGAACUGAAUAGUUGUGUGUUUUAUCUCAGCUGCCAGAGUUUACGUGGGUUCAUCGUGUGUGUAAAUGAGAAGGCAGAAGGGAUCAGUCCAGUGUGAACAACAUUCUGUGGGCUGUAAGGAACCAUAUGAUCAAACUGAAUUGCUGCUACUCACUUCUAAAAGUAUAAAGUAGACGUGAGGGUUCGAUAAGGAAAUGAGCAUUUGAUUAGAUGUAAUUUACAUGUGCAUAUGCUGCUAUGUGCUCUAGCAUAUAGUACUUUAGAGCUUGAACACUGAGCCAAGCACAUGAUAGGCACACUACCACUGAGAUACAGCCCAGCUUUAAAAUGGUGUGUGUGAAGGGCCAGGUGCUGAGGAUUUUUAGGUGAUAUUGGCCCAAAUAGUCUGUAAUUACCAAAAAAUACUAAUACAGACAUUUGUUAAUGUCCGUGUUUCUCAAGUCCAGAGCAAGUACACCUCUUCCUAACUGGUAAAUAUCUGGGUGUAUAUACACUAACUUUGGAUAUAUGUGAGGAACUUGGUAAGACUACCUCCUAUGGACUUGAAAAUACUGUAGACUCAUUUAACUCAUCCUAAAAUGUUAAUUUUCUUAUAUAAAUAUUGAAGCAUUUGGAUUGUCACAUAACUUUUAAAGUAAUCAAUUUGUCAGUUUCUAUUUUGUCUUCUGUCCUGAAAAAGCGACUUAAAUUUUUCAUGCAUCCUGUGUUCUAAAUGCUGCUCUUUACAAAAAUGUAUCACUUCUGUGUGAUUUUUAAAUGAUAUAAACCCCUUGAGCUACCUAAGACCAGGAUUGCAACUGUAACCCAUCCUUUCUCAUCCCUUUAGAACAUUCAUUCACAUUGAUGAUUGAACACAAGAGGUUCUAUCAGAUUUGUGGGGCUGAGGUACCUCAUUACAGGGUAAUAUUAGACAUUAUUAUAGUUUAUAUUAUUCUCCAUCAUAAUUGUCACUUAUGGAAAAACUCAGGUUUAGAGUGGAUUAUCCUAGCUUUAAUUUUGGUGGAGAAGUGUUCCUAUGUGGCUCAGUCUUUUUUCCCAAGCUUCCAAAGGUGGAUUCCAAGGUGCAUCAGCUGCGAUGACACUCUUAUGUGCAAGGUACUACACUAAUAUGACUGCAGUGGAUCGUUUCCCUUUGUCCCCCGGCACAGUCCUUCUCAGCAUGUUAGAGUGCAUCUCCUAAACUUUUUCUGGCAUUUUUUCUAUCCAUGCUUGAAAGCACUCCUUUACAGAGUUUUGUGAAAAGAAUGUGGCUGUAAAGAUAAGUUAUGUGCUGUAUUUAACCCUGUUCUGCAUAAAAUAAAAAAAGUCCAAAUGACAAGGGCUUUGUAACAUGCCACAGUAGAGGAAUACUGUGAUAAAAACCAUUAAGAGCUAGAUAAUCACAUUCUGGUACCUGUUUUUGCUGUUUAGAUAUUAGCUCAGGUGACUUUACUAUUGCAUUUUUGAUAGGUUGUAGCUAGAUCAAAAUGAUUUUUGUUCAUUCCCAAUUCUGCAGCAACAUCUCCCAACAGUUGCUUUAGCUCUGUGGUUGUGUCACAGGAGCAGUGUCCUCAUCCAGCUGCAUGGUGCUGGGGUGCCACGGACACCAGGUUUUCCAUUCUAUGCAUCUGUAUUCUCUCCUUCAGAUUGUUAGUGCUGUUUCUCUAGCUGAGGUAAGUCAAAGGUCGUCCUCCUCUUUGAUGGCCAGUUGCUGACAUUUGUUCAAAGCCAAUUUCAUUGCUCACAUCUGCCCCAUAUGAUCUUGUUGCUUCACUCAUGCAUUAAGUAAUCUCUGCCUUUGUGUGUGUGUGUGUGUGUGUGUGUGUGUGUGUGUGUGUGUGUGUGUUUCUUUGUUUUAACUUAACUUUCUUGAGACAGAGAUGCUGUAUUACACAGACUAAGUUGAAAUCCUGCCCAUGGAGUGACUGUCAUCCAAAACAUGGCCAUCGAACCCACUCCAUAUUUGUUUCUUCACUUGAGAAUUCAGUACUUGGACUGUAGACAUGACUCCACAGUAAAAUGCUUUGGCUGCUCUUCCAUAGCAUCCGCAGUUCCCAGCACACACAUGAAAGCUCACAGCCAGCUCUAACUCAUUCCCAGGAGAUCUGAUAGGCUCUUCUGCCCUCUGCUGGCACUGCAUUCAUGUGGUACACAGACAUACAUUCAGGCAAACACCCAUACCAAAUAAAAUAAAUAAACAAACACACACACACACACACACACACACACACACACACACACCUUUCAAAGAGAGGAAAGAGGGGAGUGGGGUGAGGAAGAAAGGAAGCAAGGAAACCGAAAUUCAAGGGGGAGUGUGUGGGGGCUGGGUUCUGGAGCUCCCUUGCAGUGUGCUCAGUAGCUCGUCUUUCUACUCUGAUCUAAGAGUAAUAAGAGUAAAGACAAAGAACUCAGAACUCUUUGUCCAGCUCUCCUACUUUCUGGUUCUUUCCCUUAAAUUUUCUGAGCAUCCUGGAAUCACAACACUAAACCUGAUGCAGUUGCCUAUCGAUGCUUUACACACACGCACACACGCACACAUACACACACCAAAAAAACCCAAAACAUGAUAGGUGUCCAAAUGAUUAUUUUGCCCCCUCCAUUUUUUUGUUUAUAUUAGUUUAAUUUUCUGCCAAACAUUGGCUUCUUCCUCUUCCUAGUUCUGGGCAACACUGGGAAGUUGAUUGUUUAUGUUGUUUCUUGGCUAUAAGAAUGUAGAACAUAUUGGACCUUGGAAAACUGAGGAUGAGCCCAAGUUUCAGACCAGGCUGGGCUGCAUAGUAAACUCAAGACCCAGUCUCAAGAACAAGUUUGUCUUCUGUAUGUUAGCCAGUGUAACAAGUGCAUGGGAAACAACAGGCGGUGAAACCAAAUCCAGUUUCUACUUUUGUUUUUACAUUCACUAAAUGAAGCAGACAUCAAGCAGGUAUUUAGAACUCAUAAGGUCUCAAUUAUUGUGUGGUGCUAUGAGAAGUUAUUAUACAAAGAAUCUAUGUCUGAUCCAGAAAAUGUCCAUUACUUAACUUCAAGGAUAAAUAGGUACUAAUUAGACCAAGCAACAGGUAACUAGUGGGAGUGGAAUGAUUUUCCAAGAAGUGGAUGGGGGAAAUAGAUCUUCUAGGUUACAAAGGCCAGUGUGUUUCGAGUCAAGAGAAAGAGGAAAAAAACAUGAUAUUGGAUAUGGUUAGAUCUGAAGAAUAGAAAAAGGGUCCUCGAUGAGCCAUGAAUGGCGAGUAGGUGACUUGCCAUUGUACACAGAUUUAGAUUGCGUAUGACUAGGAUAACUAAAUGAUAUCCUAAAAAGAUCUCUGAUUACAUUGUGAGAACAGGUCAUAUAGGACAAGAGUGGAAGCAUAGAGCCUUAUGAUAGCCCAGCAGAAAUGUUUUUACCAUAGAUGAGUGGGUCACAGUCUUUAGUAUGCAUUACAGUCAACAGAAGUGCUUAUCUAGAGAUCAUUGGCUAUCUUCCACAAAGUUGGAUUCAGAAUGUAUGGAGUGCAGCAAGUGUUGCUUAUGCCAUUGAUCUGAGGACCUCACUUUGAAAACCAUCGACCUAGAGGGUAGUAUUAAAGAGGUGGAAAGAUUAAUUCUUUACUCAUGUUAGCAUAGAAACAUGCUCUCCUCUAAGUACUUGAAGUAUAUUCAAAUUUUGCUGGUAUAUUUUUGUUUUCAUUAAUUCAAACUAAUUUGUAAUUUUAUAAAAAUUAUUUUAUUGCACUGAAUUCACAAGUAGAAAGAUCAGACAACUAGAUCAGAGUGCCACACAAGCACCUUCCAUACCCAGAUUCAACAUUUCAAUGAACUUCACAGUCAAGAGGAGCCAUUCGGAAUCCAUGAAGCUUGCCUUACUUGGGGCUGUUACACUUUCACUGCCAAUUACAUUUCUUUUUGCAAUUAUCUACCACAAUACAUGAAGAAAAAAUACAUUACAGAGUUGAAACCAGAAAAACAAUUAGCUUUAUAUAUCCUCUUCGCAACUCAUGUGUCCUUUUGCCUGUAUCCUAUCCUAUCCUUCUUGUGAUAUUAUCCUCCUUUCAAUUUUUUAAUCUACCCUAUGGAUUAUUUCAAAUUUUGUUGUUGUUUACAAAUAAUUGAGACCUUUAUUGAAACCUUAGUGAUUUCUGAUUUGUUUGUAGCUUUUAAGAGAAUAAUCUACAUAGAUCCAGUCUUUCUUUUUUUUUUUUUUUUUUUCCUUUGGAGCUGGGGACCGAACCCAGGGCCUUGUGCUUGCUAGGCAAGCACUCUACCACUGAGCUAAAUCCCCAACCCAGAUCCAGUCUUUCUUAAUUAACAGGUUUAGUUUAUACUCCAGAAUCUUUAUUUAUUAAAUUUUUUUGGUUUACUUACUCAUGUGUGUAGAUUGGUGGUCAUGUGUACAUAUUGUACAUAUGAAGAUCAGAAGAGAACUUGUGAAAGUCAGUUCUCUCCUUCCAACAUGGAAUCAUACUCAGGUCAUCAACUACCCAUGGGGCCAUCUCCUGGACCUCCAGUGUGGAGGCUGCAUCUGUUGAGGGCCCUGUCAAUGCCAGUGAUCCAAGUUGGUAAAUGACCCUGCUGUUUCAAUUUUCUCUCACUGAAUUUCAGUCCUGUCUGUUCCCAAGAGGUGUCAGUCUGCAACACAGAUUGUUGGUCUUUCUGUAUAUUCUUUCAAGUUUCACGUCAUGUAUUAUAUAGCACUAUAUUGGGUGCAUACAUAAUUAGAAUCUAACUGCUUUGUUAAAUUGGUUUUUUAAAAAUUGUGGAAUGAACAUGAUCCCUAAAAACCCUGUACUGUAGACUCUAUUUUAUUUUGUAAUGAUCAUUCUGGCUCACUUUUCACUAUUUGUAUGGUAUAUCUUUUCUGUAAUUUUAUUUUUUACAAUCAUGACUUUAUAUUUACAUGGGUUUCUCUUAAACAGCAUAUGGUUGAAGCUUAGUCUUUUCCUCCCAAUUUGAUUAUAUCUGCCUUUUAUUAAUCCACUUAUAUUUCAUGUUAUUAAUAUGAUUCAAUUUAAAUCAGCUGACACAUUUACUUCCUUUUUAGCCUAAUAUUUUUCUCUUAGAGUCCAUAUAUUUUAAUAGUCUGUUUAGUCUCUUAAUUCACUCUUUUUAAAAGAGUGGGCCUGUUAACACAAGCUGGUAAGACCAAAUAUUUGGGAGGCAGAGGCAAAAGGAUCCCAAAUUUGAGGCCCUCCUGGAUAAACCAGUGAUGAUCUUUCUUGAAAAGUUUAAAAGAGGGCUGGGGAUAUAUCAUAGAGUACAUGGGUAACACCCUAGAUUGCAUCACCAGGGCCACAAAUAAAACUUAAAAUGGACCUAUUAGAUUUAUAGUUUAUAUCUAUCAUUCAAAUAUUAUACCAUUUCAUAAAUAAUAAAUUUUAUUAUGUUUCUACUUCCUUCCCCAAAUCUUUGUGCUGUUGCUGUCAUAUAUUUUACAUCUAUCAAAAUAUAAAUUAUACAAAUACUAUUUCUAGAAUACUAAUUCCACUAUUCCUAAUCUUUUUCUUUAAACAAUAUAAUGUUGCAUUUUCUGUUGCUAUAACAAAAUACCUGAGGCAGACACUUUAUAAAGAACAGAAGUUUAUCUAUCUAGUCUUGACUGAAAACUGUCAAGCCCCAACUGUUCGUUAAGUUCGUCAACUUCGUUAAGGCAAGGGCCCCAAAAUCAGAGGCAGAAAGUGAAAUUAUUACCUAUGACAGGGACAGGCGGGCCUUGUGAAAACUACAUGAAUCCCUUCUGAGGAUAGGGUUCUCCCACUGGGAAACACAAUGGGAAUUCUACCACCUCAGUACCAUGGCACUUCUAAAGACUUGAACCCUGGGGGGGACAAACAAGCCACAUCCAGUCUGAAAUGCAUAGUCAUCUUCCAAGCACAUUUAAAAGAAAAUUUUUCUUAUGAAUUUUUGUUUUUGUGCUUUUUUUCCUUUUUUUUUUUCUUUUAACCAAGAUUGCCAUCUAAUAUCAUUCUUCUUGAAUCUUUUUCUUGAGUCUUCAGUAGUGCAGUUCUGCUGUGGGUUAUUUUCUCUCACCUUUUUCUUUUUAUGAGACAUUCCUUUUCAGAGAGUAGCUUGUGAGCUGGGCAGGGAGAUAGCAUUCCAACAUACAUGGGAGGCAGAAGGAUCGUGGAUUUGAAGGCAUCCUGGGCUGUAUAAGGACUUGUUCAAGGCCAUCCUGAGCUACUUGGACCUUUAAUAAAACAAGCGCUGGGGAUAUUGCUCAGUAGUGGAGCACUUGCUGAGCAUGUAUAAGGCCCAGGGUUUGAACCCGAACACUUCAAAUUACUUUUUCUCAUUAACAUAGAUUUCAAAUUUGGUUGAUUUUAGUCUUUUACCUUGCUGCUCCUGAAGUUACAUCUCUUGCUCUGGUUAAUUUUAUCUCCUACAUGUUAAUUUUCCCCUAUAUUAGCAGUUUAAUCAGGAAUAUUCUUAGCAUUAUGCCCUAAUUCCUCUUAGUAUUUGUGAAGAACCUUGAAUGUGUGAGUUUAGUCAUAACUAUUGUUUCUUCAAUAAGUAUCUGUCUUUACUUCUGUGAUGUGUGUCAUAUGUAUUCUGCCCAUGUCAGAUACUAAUCUCAAUAGUUGCCUCUCUAUUUUCUCUCUUCCACUGUGGAUAGUAUUAUUCAUGUAUUUUUCUCUGUCAUGGACAGUUCUUAGUUGUCAAUAACCACCCAGAAUGUUUCACACUUCAUUGACUAUGUGUUGCAUGUAGUUCUAAUACCCUGCUUUAAACUUCAAGCAGACCACACUACCAGCUGAGAGAAUUUUGGGUCUGCAGAUGGGAAACACACACACACACACACACACACACACACACACACACACACACACACUUACUUUCAACCUGCCUUAUUGGCCCAAUUGCUGGACGCUUCUACUCUCCCGUGGCUAACACACCCUUCCCAAUACUCUUAGCACCUCUUAAUCUUCCCUUAGCUUAGUAUUCUGGUUACCUUCUUGUUCAGCAACCCAAAACUGCCCUCAACUUAGUUGCAUUUCUAAUCUCCCGCCUGGGGAAGCAGGCUAUGUCUGCUCCGCCUGAGAGCUCACAUGUCUGGUCACCUUUUCUCCCUCCAAAGCAUGGUCAAAUCCUCCAUCCUCUUCCUGCUUCUCAGCCUGCCUGUGGGGAACGUGGAAGUCCCACCUCUUUCCUUCCUCCCUGCAGUUGGCCCCUGGCAUCUUUAUUGUUCAAUCAAGAGCCAAUAGGAAUAGGACCUUAGUAUCAGAACCACCCCCUAUCACUUCCAGUUCAGACUUGCUAUUUGUGUUCAGCAUUUCCUGCUGUUUUCUCCACUUGAACUUACAGAACUUAUACUUUCAAUAUCUGUAUUAUCAUCCUUUUGUGCUAAUUUUGUAAUUUGUAUUAUCUGUUCCUGUAGUGUGAAUCUGUGUUGUUAGGAAUCAUUUUCCUGUUUUUAUGACUAGUAACUUGUAUGAAAUGUGAGGCAUUGUGAGUUUUAGGUUUUGUACUGGGCUUUUCAUGGUACUAUAUGUGUUUUGUAUUCUUACUGAGAAAUGCUUUGAUCCUUUCAAGUUAUCUGUAAGCAUUACUCAGAAAAACCAGAGUAACCAUUAGUCUAAAACAGUGGUACUCAAUAAGGGAUGAUUUUGCUCCACAAAUGACAAUUUUUGUCCCAUUUAGAGGGUGCUAUGGGCAUCAGGCAGGUGGAGACCAGAGGUGUUUCUAAACAUCUUAGAGUGGAUAGACUGACCCUUCACAAUAAAGAAUUAUGUGGCUCCCAAAUGCUAUGAUAGAAAGUUUUCUAUCUUAACACUCAUGUGAAGACUCUUAAUAUCCAGUCAUGAAUGGCUUUACAAUUGUCACAGCCUUGGGAAAGAUUCGUGCCCUGCUCUCCACAUCACCAUGUGUCUAAACCCUGUUGUAGUUCUGGGGUAUACACUAGUAAAUAUUCCUGUUCCCCAAAAAUUUCUAUCAGCAGCUCUCAACUGUGUCCUGUAUUCUCAACUAUAUCUAGUGCUUCCUGGGUUCCUCUCCUAAUCGUGCGGCCUGGAAAUCUGCCAGGUGUCAAGCCAGUUGUAGAGCUUUGUCUUCAUUCAGGAACCAGUUAUCCUGCCCUGCCCUGUAUAUUUUAACUUUUGGUUUAAACUGUUUCAAAGCAAGAAGGCAAAUCUGGUUCUUGUUACUUUAUUUUGGCCAAAGCAGAUAUACCAGAUUUAUUCUUUCAGCAAACAUUUGUCCAGUUUUUAAUGUGCUGGCUGCUGGAAAGAAAUGGUGAACAAAGCAGCAAGAAUCUCUACUCUCAUACUUGUAUUCAAUGGAAGAGUAAAAAUAGAGCCGUUACGCAGGGAUAAGCUGUGUUGAAGAUGCUGAACUCUAGAAUGAAUUUCUUAGGGGACAACUUUGGGUUAAGAGAGAGGAAAAUCUUUUGGGACACUGGGGUUGAGAUAGCACUUAUGAACACAUCAGAAUGGGUAAGAAUCUUGAAGAACUUGCAUAGUGAGAAGCAAACAAAGAACUCCCCUUUGAGGAUCCCACCCUUUAUUUUCCAAAUAAAGUGGCUUGCAGUGGGAAAGGCAACAAAAUGUGUCUGCUCUUAAAGGCCUGUUUGAGGAAAGAAGUUAGGUUAGCUUAGUCUGCUCGGAUUGACACAAAUACUACAACUUACUGCCUUAGUCAUUUGAUUUCUGCUGGGAACCACAAGUACCAGCAGGAUUUGAUUUCUAGUGACUAUGUCCUGGAUUACAGAAUAGCAGCCUUCUUACUGUGUUCUUACAUUGCAAAGACUGGUAUUUCUUCCUCAGAGGAUAAUAAUCUACUCUGUACAACUCUGAUUUAUCUUAAUUACUUUCCAAAGGCUGAAGUGGAGACAUAGCAGGGACCAACAGUAUUGAAUGGUGGAAAAAAAGAUGAGACUGAAAGACGGGACUCAUCAGUGUGAUUAUCAGGAGUGGCUUGAGUAAGAAGUACUAUUUUCAUGGAAUAGUGGAAGCCAGACAGGUUUAUUUACUGAACACAUGAGAUUGUAAUAAAAGGAUUUUUCAUUUAUGGCACCUAGGUCUAAAGGAUUAAGGAGGAACUUUAGUUACGGUAAUUCUUGUUCAAGGUUAAAACUGUACUGACUCAAACCAUUAUGAUGAGGAUCAGAUUAGCAAAUUAUCUUAUGAAAUACUCAAGAGCACUGACACCCCUCCCCCCCUUACUAACACUCAACCCCAAGCAACUCUACUCAUGAGUCUGGUUGGAUAGAGCCAAUGUUUUGAUGUUGGUUUUGCUACCCUCACUACCUCACUUAGCUGGCUUAUCUCUCUGGUCCAUGAGACUUUCACCCCCUCUCAGUAGGUGGGUAUAUAUCAGUUGUUAUCACCACUGCCAACAAACCACUUGACAGCAGUCAUACUGGUGAUUUGGUUAUAGGGAGGACAAAAGGGUGAAUUUAGGUACAGAUAAAGAAAUUUAGCUAUGAGUCCAUUCAGUUUGCCUUAAGAGAAACAAUAUUAGGAUUACUAUUAAGUCCCAAGAAAGCAGAUGGGAACAUUUUAAGUCAUGCAGAACCUCAAGCUAGUAUUAUUUUAAACCCACAAAUUUUGUGUUUCUAGAGCCUCUUUAACAAACCAAGUCCAUGGGUUUGGGGACAUCUACUGGAAAGCACAGUUCAUCUAUCAGGAGCUACACCUCUUAAACUUCCCUCAGAAGCCAUCAACUGUCCAUACAUCCUCAGUUAUGUGAAGGGAUUGAUGAUUUUAUUUUUGUUUUUUAUAUCCAGUCAUACCCAGUUUCCUAGGUUUUGCCAGAGAUCCCUAGACUGUGGGUGGAAACAGUGUCCCAUCAGCGGGAUCAAAUGGGGAUUUUAACCUCAGAACCAACAUCUGUGUAUCAAAAAUUCACCCAAAACAAAGUCUUUUGUUUUGGAGGGGACUAACUAGCAUGGUUUCAACUCAGCCAGAGGGUCCUGGACCCAGAUAGGCAGUAGCUGUAGUUGGUACUCAUGGAGUCCAGAAGAAAUGUUUCUAGCAGAGGACAGGGGGAGAGAAGCAGUUCCCAUGUGGCCAGAAAAGACCUGGGCCACCACCUGGGGACUCAACUUGUGUGUUCAGCACUAUACGAUAGUUAUUUCUCUGCCAGUGAAAUGAGCCAAUUCAAGUCAGAUUAGAUUAUAUUAAAUGAAGGUUUAUUGGGAAGCUGCUCUUGGGUGAUGUCUUAGGGUUUCUAUUCCUGCACAAACAUCAUGACCAAAAAGCAAGAUGGGGAGGAAAAAAUUUAUUCAGCUUACACAUUCACAUUGCUGUUCAUCACCAAGUCAGUACUAGAACUCAAACUGGGCAGGAAGCAGGAGCUGAUGCAGAGGCCAUGGAGAGAUGUUACUGGCUUGGUCAGCUUGCUUUCUUCCAGAACCCAAGACUACCAGUCCAGGGAUGGCGCCACUCACAAUGGGCUAGCCCCCCACCCACCUUGAUCACUAAUUGAGAAAAUACCUUACAGCUGGAUCUCAUAAAGGCAUUUCCUCAAGGGAGGCUCCUCUAUAACUCCAGCUUGUGUCAAGUUGAUAAACAAAACUAGCCAGUACAGGUGAGUUCACUGGCCCCAGGGAAGGACAGAGAAGUCACCAUGGGAAGAGAGAGAAUGGAGAGGGAAACAGGAAGAGUAUGCACAUAGAAAGCAAACACAGACGGAUAUCAAUUGUCGGAUUAUACAGAGAAGAGACUGAGGGAAAGGUAGCCCAAACCCCUGGGCUGAAAACAGGGCUAGGGGCAAGGUAUGCCAGGUAGGAACUGAGGAAUGCUGGGAGAAGCCAAGUCUGUUUUGGUAAGAUAUCCACCUCAGUCCCUUGUCCCAGGAUCUGAAACCAAACAUGAACCACUUCCCCUCCAUGCUACCAUGUUGACAGGCUUGAUCUUAUGUGGAAAAAGUUGAGUACUGCAGUCUUGUCAUGUCUAGAAGAUGCUAUUUGACUCUGACCCUCCGUGACCUCUGGCUUAAAAUUCUUCCCCCUCCACUUUCUUGAUGCCUGCUGAACAUUACAGAGGUAAGAGGUGAUACAGAUGUCCCAUUCGUGGCUCAACACUUAACAGACAGCUUUAACUAGGUACAGAUUUCUGUGUUAAUCACUGUCCACAAAUCGACAUCUCUGAUGUGGUCUGAGAGCUGCAAUAAUCAAAGGGUAUAAAGGUAAAAAUUUAGAAAGCAGUUUUAUAUUAUAUCCAUUUACCAGAACAAGAGUAGGUUUACCCAUAGGUCCCAUGAGCUAGCUACCCAACCAUGGGUUCUUGACCCAAUUUAUAGAAACAGACAUGUUUCCUCCUACAGAGUAAACCUUAAAUCCAAUCAUCAAAUCCAUAAUAUAUGUGCCAUUAUUGUAUCCAUGUGCAUAUCCUGCCACACCAGUCAUUGCAUUUCACAAGGUUCACAGUUGGGUAAAACUGUUGAUAAGUACCCAUCACUGUCAACCACCACCCAGUGCCUUAAAUAGCACAUUCCUGAAAGAGCAAGCCAGCAAAGAGGAAGCUUCAUGGUCAGUACCAAGUUGAUUCUCCAUGUCCUGUGGCCAAUGUGUGGUCUUCAGCAAUGUUUAUGGUCUUCCUAUCAAGUUCUGGUGGACAACCAACAGCAAUGGCAACAGCUUGAGGAGGGAGCAUCCCACACUUGCACUGGACUUUUUAUUUGGCAGCCUAAAAUCGUAUUCCCCAUGUAGGGUAAUGCCAAUUCAAAUUAUAUGAACAUGUGUAUGUGUGCUUAUAAAAUUCUAGGUUUCCAUAAGACUUUUUGAAAGAGCUUUGGCACUGCUUAUCCUCACUACCUCUAACCUACCACCACCUCUAACCUACCCUCCUCCUGCCCCCUUUCCCAUCUUUCUCUGGAUAACACCUGUGUUCUUUUAGGCUCCCGAACCUUUAAGACCCUUCUCCCUGAACCAAUACUCUUUCUAGCUUCUCCAGUCUUACAAAUACUUCAAAUUAAAUACACAAGUCCAAAAAUUUGACAGUAAGAUCCACAUAAGUGUUUGCUUUUCUGAGGCUAUUAAGAAAACAGAAGAGAAGAAAACUAGUACUUUAUUCUAGACUUCUUAUGAAUUUCUUUGCUAUCAGUACUAUGGUUUACUAGUAUAGCAGAAUUUGUGCCAGCUUUAUAUUUGAAAAUUUGAAAGAUAUUUCUAAAACUUGGAAUAAAUCAUAAAUCUAAGAUUCUUUGAUUUUGUGUUUAUGUAACACAAUACUUCAAAAGUGGGUAUUAUACAAAGAAAUGGAGUCUACUUAGCUCAUGGUCCUGAAGAUUUGAGAGCAUGGUCUUCAUGGUCUCAACUAACAUGGACUUCAAAAGGGUGAAGGGAGAGAGGCAAGAGGAUGAAUGCUGAGACCAUGAAGAAGUCAGGCUUGUUCUUCUGAAACAGCUAAUCUUGCUUCUAUAAAGCCUUAUGCAGUACAUAAGAUUAAACAUUAAUCUCUUCAAGAGAGCAGUCACGGCUCAGUCACCUCCCACUAAUCCCUACCUCCUAAAACUCCUGUCAUCUUUUUCUGCUUUAACUAUCUACACUUUCGAAUUCCUCAGUGCCAAUUCAGUGGAAAUUUGUACUUGAAAUUAGGACAUUAAAGAAAAAAUACUAUAAUGUUUUUCAGUAUGCCAACCAAGAAAGCUUACUCAAAUUAGUGUCCAUAGUCACACUGGCAAUUCCAAGUGAAUAGCUUAGAUCUUAGCCUCCUUGUACUCCCUCUCCACUCAAGUUAAGCCUUACCAAAAAACAUAACAGAAACUUCACAUAUGAAAUGACCAUAUUUUACCAUGAGAGAAAACACUUGUACCCUUUGAUUUUAACAGAAGUAACAUUAGCUCACAUUUAUUGAACUAUUCUGAAUAUAGUCAGUGGCCCAGUGAUAAAUACACUUAUUAAUCAUCCCAUUAAGUGGACAGUUGAAUAAAUAUGCACUCAACUAAGCAUGGGAUUAGAAUUGGAGUUUCCUUUGCCUACAUUAAGGGCUUCAUCAUCCAAGACCUAUUUCAAAUGUUUCUUACCUUAUAGCCUUCCCACUCUGCUGGCAGUAGCUUGCUUGCUUCUCUGGUUUUUCUGGUAAUUCAUGAAUAACUUCUCUCCCUGUGUCCUUUCUAAGCUCUGAAGACAGACACCAUAGGUCUUACAUUCCUAAUAUACAAGAUCUUGGUUAAGGUUUUGCAGUCACCAUAUAGACCAACUGGUUGACCAUGUGGUGGCUCCUCAUGGAAUGGAAAAGCUUUGCUUUGUGCUAACUUCCAAAAAUCAUAGUCCAGCACACCAAAACUCCUUCUCUUGAUUAACUGCUUAGUAAAUCAGAAAUGUGGGACUACACAAUUUGACAACUUUAUAUUUGCAUAAAUUCAUGUUGACGUUAAACUAUAGAUUCAAGCUUGGCCAUAUUAAGUAUUUAGAAUAUUUGUAACAUUUUUAGAGCAAAGUCAUUCAAAUUGUCUAGAAUCCAUUUGUCCAGCUCAAAUCUGAUGCUGCCAAGAACACUACAAUCAUUACACAAGCCAAAAAUCCAGCUUUUCUGUGCAUAGUGACUUCUCAAUCCUCUUGAAGAGACAGACGUGGAUCCCAUUUCUGUCUAUGCCCUAACAUUUUUCCCACUUUGCAUACUUGAAGGGUAUGAAUCAAACUUCUUACUUAGCUGAUGCUACAAGGAAGUUUCAUGUAUUCAACAUGGUUUUGCUGCCUAAUGAACAUGUAUAUCAUAAGAAAUGUGAGAAUUAAGUGGUAGCUAUUAAACAUGAGAGAAUCAUGGCAGAAUUAUAACUAAAGUAGUAGAUAACAUUUAGUAUAUGGUGACUGGGAAUGAGAUAACCGAGAAAAGACUUUUCAUACAGAGCUUGCCUGGUCUGUAACAACUGUUCUAUAAAUGAAAUUUUCAGACAUGUAGAUCACAUGAAAAUUUACUAUUCUUUGAAUGUUGUCUAGCUAACAAAAUUUACUGUGAGACGAUGUCACAUAACCAAAAUUGCAAUUUACUGUGACACCACGGUUCUAGCAAUGAAAUUCCAUGACCCUCAAAACACAAUUACAAAUGCACAUACAUACUCUCUAUAAACUGUCUUAGGACCCAAGAGAUUAUGAACACUGAAAUAGUGUGCAUAACCACUUGAGAGUCCUUAUGUCUCAGUCAACCCUCACCUCAUUAGGUUGACUGCUUUGAUAGAAGAAACCUGAUUUAGGAUAAGUAACUCCUCCAGCUUCCUCUUUGACUAGAAUAUUCAGUGCUACACAUUUUAACAGAUAUAGAGCUCCCUAUUUUUUAAAGCAACUUAAAUCGCUCAAGCUUAACUUGACAAGGUGUCAUCUUUUCAUACAAAUAAACACAGACAAGGAUAAUUCUGCUUUUAUAAAGUCAAGGAUUUACAAUUAACAUCUUCAGAACUUCCUAGUAGUUUAUAUGAAUUCAACAUAUUAGUAUGCACAUUAAUAGUCCUAUAGUAAAGCAUUUACUUCUUGUAUUUUUUCACUAUUCAGUUUUUUGCACCCUUUGUCGUUUCUGUAGUAAUAGCACUCCAAAAAACUAACUUUAAAAAAAAAUUCCUUAAAGUAUUGAAAAGAAUACUAUACUUAUGAAAAUAUUAAUUUCCUUAGAUAAAGGCAUCAUUGUCAAACAAAACUUAAUUUGUGACCAUGAGUUUUUUUCUCUUUAGCGUUAUACUUAUAUGUUAGCUGCCAGCCCACUUCCAUCAACAUGCCUCUAUAGCUUGCCUUACAUUCUCAGAAAGAUGGAUAUUACAUACUUGCUUUAACCAGUAAUUCAAUGACACUUGCCACUCACUCACACACAUCACUUGCCAAACACAGCAUAUCUUAGGUUCAGUCCCCACCCAGUAACACAGCAGAAAUCAAAAUCAUCUAAUAACAAAGAGGUGGUUUCUGUAGCUAGAGAGAUGAUACUUUAGCAGUAAACGGGACAUAGUUCCUCUCACAGAGGACUCAAGUCCCACAUGCCAGUCAGGCACCUCACAAAGAACUCUAUUUUCAGAGAACCUGAUAACUUCUGAAAGACGGCACUCACAUAUGCACAAACCAACAAAAAAACACACACAUAAUACAUAAACAAAACAAAAUUACAGCAAAUAAAAAUACCAUUUUUAUUUUUCUUAAAACUAGUAACAAUUCUAAUAGUAUGAAAAACACCAAUGUCGCACUAACUUGGGAAAAAAAAACAAGACAUGAAAUACCCAGGUACCUCAGUCUAACAAAUAAACCAAAAUUUUUUUUCAAAAUUUAACAUUUCAGGUAAUUGUCAUUUAGAUCUUUCUGUCAUUUAUCAUUUUAAAUUUUUAUAUUUAUAUUUACUAAUUACAUGUUUUUGCUUAGUAUAUUUUAUGACUAAUAAGAUAACCUAUAGUUUUAUUUUGCUAAUACCUAAUUAUAUAAAUUGAAAUUUUAUAUAAUUGAAGUUUUAUUUUUAAUAAAAAUAUAGUAGAAAAGGACUGUGCGUGGAGGGAGACAAACAAACAAACAAACAAACAAAAGACAAACACUGAGACUGUCGGCCAGUGUUGGUAAAACAGUGUAAGGAAGAAUCCAAGGCAGGGAGGACGGAUGUGUGGGCAAGCAGAGAGAAGAAAAGGAGUUACAUGUAGUCGGAAGCAGGAUCCUGAUUAUCCUGCUGGCACUGCCUGAGUCCCUGUGUUAAGCUGGCUACUAGAGAAGACUGGAUAGACAACCCAACUCUCUUACCAAACAGGCCUAUUUUCUGUCUAGUUUCAAUGAUAAUCAGCCCACUAGAAAGCUAACAGAGGACGCAAGACGGAAAAGGUUUCUAGUUCCACACCAGUUACAGUAUGACGUCACUAUUUAUACUUAACUUUGAGACUCAAUUUAUCAUUGGUAAAGAACAACAGUAAUUUUCAUUGGUUUAUAUCAUUACCAUAUCUGCCUUUUCCUGAAAUUAAAAUGAUUAUUGCAUGUGAAUGAGCUUAGAACAUGGCAGGAACUAACAAAUGUUCAUUCUCUUAAAAGUAGUUCUGAUACUAAGGAGUUGAACCUUGCCAAUAAGUUAAAUGCCUUUCUUAUGUCAACUAAUGUGAUCCAGUGAUUGAUGGCCUUUGUAUUGAGGUGUCUGAGUGCACUACUUAAACAUGAUCUAGUUCACCACACUCAGUUCACUAAGACACCUACAGAACUAGUGGUGUCAGCAUGAUACAGUUUGCUUAGCUGCUUUAGAGUACAAAAAGUAUUCCAAAAUUUUCUACAAGGUCGACAAUUUGAAAUUUAAACUUAAAAUGCCUUACACUUUUUUUUUACAGCAUGCUACAAAUGAAAACUGAUGAGAAAGUGGAUCUGUGUGAUGGGAACACAGCAAGCUGCCCUCUGAGCCCCAUUCAGAUGUGCCUUAAUCAUCCUAUUGAAUGGAGUCUAACAGCAGCAUCUCUAGCAAGCUGCACAGUUCAUAACCAAACUCUCAAAAAUGAAGACAAUUAGUCUGCAGCCCUUGCACUAUCUUUAUUUUCUAUGUCAAUAUUCAUUCUCAUGAAUACCAAUUGAUACUAACAUAUUUCUAGUCCUGUGAUCUGUCUAUAUAUUAGGUCAUUAGCAUUAAUCAUUUUAUUAUAAUUCUGUUUUUACAUACAGUACACAAGACCAUUGUGGGGUUUUGCAACAAAAGCAGAUUUUGAUGUUCUCUUUUUAUCGGUGAAUUUUUUAAUGCCCUCAGCUUAAAUAUGUAAUUGCCCAGUUCUAUUUCUGUGCAGUUUUCACAUAUAACAAUUCUGUAACUUAGGAAGCUAGUAUUGUAAAGAUGUGUGACAACGACCUAACCCAUGAACAGUUGUGUAACAGGUGGGUGCCAACUACCUCGAGGCAAACUGGGAAGGGCAAAGGUGUCGGUCAGAAGUGUAUCUCUUCUACAGUUAUACAUGUAUAGAAAAAGACUGAUUAGCUUAUCAAAUAGCAUGUUUUCAUUCAUUAAAAAAAAUGGGUUCUCAGUUCUCUUUCUGUAAUUAAACCUCUCAUCUGUGGGCCAUAAGAGCAAUGGCACAAUUGCAUGUUUACUCUUCAGCAAAUGUGUGCCUCAACGGGAAACAAGAACACUGGUUUAAGUUCACAGUUUUGAAUGGAAAAAAAGGUAACUGUUUUUAUACCUGUUGAUUUUAUUGUACUUUAGCAGUUUGCUCCAAAGUUUACAGGGGUAUCCUGUAGAAACAGGAUAAUACUCCUUAGUAAUGCUGAUGCUGUUCCCUGCAGCCACAGCUAUUGUCUAAAGUCGGAGUAGUAAAACUACUGCUAAUGGAAAAGUCGGUGCUUAAAGUCAGAGAAAAGCAAACUUUGGUAGUGUCUACGUGAUCACAGCGUCUUUCCUUUUGGCUACUCUGCACAUGUAUAAAUGAGAUGAUAGUUCAUUCCUAGUGGCUUUCCCUUACACCACACUAAUGUGCCAUUUUAGCCCUGCUUACUUCCUAUUCCCCACGAAUUUAUUCUAAGACAGGGAUUUAACAAGAACUAUAACAAUAAGAAGUAUGAAGCACAGGAAAAGACAUAUAGCCAAGAGUGAAGAACAACAGUGUUUUCAUUGGUUUAUUUUAUUACCAUAUCUGCUUUUCCUUUUGCUUAAUAAGCAUUCUUGCUUUGUAACUUUGACUCCUUUUCUGAGUUCUAUAAAGCACAUAUUAUAUAUAUAGAAUAGCCUUUUGGUUCUCAAAGCCAGCAAUAUUACCUUUCAGUCCAUCUCAGAGCAUCUGUUAAAAUGAAUGAUCUCUGACAAAUUUUAAGAAGCAGAAGCACAAUUAAUAAAAAUUUCAUGUUAGGACAUUUUUAUCCAAAUAAAAGGUGUUUCUUUGGGUAUGGCAGAAAGAAAAACGACUACUUUUAUACAAUGCAAGUUUCAAAAUAUUUAUGUUUCAUAACAGCGACAAUUUCAAAAGAUAAUUGAAAUUUAACAGUGAAGAAACUGUGCUCAUAAUCAAUACAUAACGAUGACUUCCUAUAACUUUUUUCCCAUUCAUAUUGUUUAUUUUUCAAGUAUAUUUUGAUGUGCCAAAACCCAAUGUACCUUUCAUGAUUUAUGUGUGUGAACACCUCCCUAGUCUAGAAUCAUUUAUAAACUAGUGUUCCUAUAUGGAAAGAUUUAGGAAGAGGAAUUACCAUUGAGGUAAAGUUAUCAAAUAAAUCCUCAGUAUAGGAAUGAUGCAAUUCUCAAAGCCAUGGUUUAAUGUAAAUACGGAGAGCUUUGUCCAUUAUACUGGUUCUCAGUGGUCAGAGCAGCUUUCUAUGUACUUCAUCCUUCAUUGCCGUUUGUUUGAUGCCUGACAUAUUCACCUAUUUUACAGCUUGUCUAAGCUUCUCAAUAUAAGCUACUGGGCUAAUUAUAAAUCUUUCCAAAAUAUCAUAGUUCUGUAGGGUUCACAUAGGGGACCUAUUUAAAAGCAGGUUUCUAGGCCCACCUAAUGUCCUGAUAAAGACAAAUCUGGAUCCGUGCAGAUGGAUGACACUAACAGAUGGUGAACUCAUGUGGCAUCAUUCAUGUUUGCAGAAACAGAGCAGGUAUUUCUGAUUCUUCCAUAAUAACUAUUAAAGCAAAGAUAUAAGCACAACUUCAAAGGACUCCAUCCUUAUCAGCUCCCUUAACUCGGGUCUUCAUUAAGAAACUCUGCAAGGUUAAGUUUACUUUUCUGAAGCGCGGCUGUUUUGGCUCGUCUGGGUAAUCUCAUCCUCAUUUCUGAUGGUGGUUCAUGAUCACUAAACAUGUUAAAAAGACAUUCAUUUAGAUAUAAGCUUUAAAAAUCAGAAUAUUUAUAAAUAAAGCUUUUGGUUUCUGACAUUACAAUAUAGUGUAAUAGAUAGCCUGAGUCUAAUAACUAAGCUUAACACUAAAAUUUCAAGCAAUAACCAAAAAACAAUGGCUGGAUGACUGUCCUGCCAAGUGAAUCAGAAAACCUAACUAAUUUGGUAAUUUUUAAUCUACUGGCAAUACCUGGUGCCAUACAUACAGGGAAAGAAGAAAAGCACCAAGCUUUUACAGUGAAGCUUGUAAUUACAUAGGAACCAUACUAUCGUCCUAAAGGAGUUAGAAUUCAUCUGAAUUAACAGUACAUGUCAUUUUUAUUAAGUAUAUUACUAAGACAUUGUAAGGUCCCCCCAAAAGCACUUUAACCAAGGCUUAGUCUAAGGAAACAGGGAGGGCCCAAUACCAAUGACUAAACAAAUGCAAGAUAGCGACAAACUUCAAGCUCAACCAUGGCUUGACAGCGACUGAAAGAAAACUAUCAACACGAGCCACAGUACAUGAAAGUUGUAAGCAGAACUGUAACUGAAAGAAUACAAAUGUUACCUAAAGCAACAUAAGAGUCACAUAUAUAAGGUCAUACAAACAGAAUACAUGGGAAUACAUGGGAAUAAACUCGUCUCAAUACAAAGAGAAUAUAUUAAACUACUCCUUAAAGCUGAUGCCAACUAAUAAAAAUAUACACCUCUUCAUCAGUCAAAUGUUCUAGAUAAUUUUACACUAUUUACCAAGAUCACAGAUAAAUUAGUUUUUACUAUCUUGUAAUAUACAAAGUUUCUCUCAGAAGAAAAUUGUAUUUUACUUGUGAGCAAAAUGAAACUGGCAUCUUCCAUGUCUUAUGGAAAUACAUGACACACCUUUCAGAGUCAGGCCCAGCAGUCUGGCAUCUCCUGUUGGUCUUAGAUGAAACUGGCGCUUUUCUCCGUCCUUAAAGACAACAUAACUUAUUGGCAAAUUUUUUAAUGGUUUCAUGUUUCUAAAUCUAGUGUCUAAGCCAUCUUUUACUUUCAGCACAACAAUCUUUUUCAACACAUUUCCUUAUUGCUAUCCACUCUGAUGCUCUCAAUACACAGUGGAGGGGGAAAUACUAAAAUUUAUGUAAAUUUCUUUGGAUGAGAACUACAAAUAUGUAACAAAGAGGAAAACUUUAGGUCACUGCAUAUGGUGACAAAAACAUCUCAGGCUAGCUAUGAUAGCUCAUUUGGUAAAGUUCUGGCUUUGUUAAGUAUAGGGUUUAAGUGCCACAACCCACAUAACAGUGAAGUGUGGUGGCACAUGCUUAUAAUCCCAGCACUGGGAGGGCAGAGACAAGGAGGGGCUCUGCCUAGAUUCCCUAGAUGGCCAUCUAGCCUAGCCUACUUGGAGAGCUCCAGAUCACUGAGAAACUUGUCUCAAAAUCAAGCAGACUGUGACUAGGGAGCCUCCACAUGAAUACUUAUGCACACAUAAAUGAUCACAUACAUAGAAGACAGUUUUCUCUUACAGCAGAGGUAGAGUUAAUAUGGAAAAACUAACAAAAAUAUUACAAGGGCAAGCUCAAUCAAUGAACAGUUUCUAAAUGGAACUGUACUUUUAUUAUAUAUAAUAUUUAUCUUUGAAGCACUACAUUGCUUAGCUAAUCUGGCCUCAAACUGAUGGCCUCAAGCUAUCCUCACACGGCCUCCAGAGCAGCCGUUAUAACUUCUGGCAUUAUUGUAACUGGCUUCAAACGAAACUUAAGUAGCAAGAUACAGCUUGCUUGUAAAAUACUUAAAUUUAUACAAAGAAAAGUCAAAUGUGUUCAUAAAUAUAAUUCAAUGUUUUAAAAUAAAUAAGAACCUUUAUUUACCAGGGUUUAUUUGUUAUAUUCUACAAGGUUGAAAGUAAGGACUAGGGGCUGUGCUCGGUGGGUAGCGUGUUUGCCUAGUGCGUACAAAUCCUGGUUUGCUCAACCAUAUGAAAUGGAGCAUGCUGAUCCAACACCUAUAUUCCCAGCCUGUAAUCACAAGUUCAAGGUCAAAAGAGUGACUUUGAAGUCAGCCUAGGAUAUAUGAGAACCUAUUCUGAAAAAAAGAGACAUAAUAAAUUUGGCCUUCAAUGUUCUUCAUUUAUGAAAGAUAAAAUGUAGCAUGUAUACAUUAAGUUUGGACUAUAAAAAACUGGAGUUUUCACACUUUAUUCUGUAACUAAAAGUAAUCUGAUCAAAAUCAAUUGUUCAUUUGACAAUUUAUUUGAAAUUGUAUAUCCUAUUCAUUGUUAUGUAUUUCCCCUCAUAUUUUAUUUAUUUGCCUUCAAUAAUGUAUUAACCCCGAAGAAAACAUCCAAAAAUAUGGAAGUAAUUUGGAACAAUAUCCAGUAAUUGGUGUUUAAAUAACCGGUUUGUUAUGAAACAAUGUUAUGGCCAGAUUCUAUUCUAGAGAAGAUUAAAUAUACUUAGAACAGAGCCAUAAAACUAUUUUCAAUAAUUAAAAUCAUAUUGGCUCAUGGGUGGGACUAUUAGUGUUCUUGAUGGUAGGUCUGCCUGGAUGUACUUUCUUAUUCUUCUGUAAUAAGCAUGCAUUGCUUUUGUAAUAAGGAAUUAAUAAAACAAUUUAAAAAGC